GUUUUGCAGCUUACAACACUGCUUAUGUUUUCGGAAGCCGCAUUUUAUUUAUUGUAGAUAAAAUUGUCAUAUUGCUUGCUGUAAAUGAAAUAUGAAAUAUUGAAUUAAUACUGUGACUUUAACAAACAAUUGUGCUACAGUGUGUGGUGCAAUUAAUAAGCAACUGCUGAAGCAAUUUAAUUUAUUUACUUUGACGUCGACAACAUUGCCGGCAACAACAACAACAACAAAAACGCAAUGACUUCUGCACGGGAUCUAAUUAAAAUUGAUAUAGAAUGGGGCAUGGAACGCUUGGUGCGUGCCCAACAGGUCGUCGAGCUGCGUCCCUAUGACAUUGAAUCCUGGUCGGUGAUGCUUCGCGAGGCGCAAACACGUCCAAUUCACGAGGUGCGCAGUCUUUACGAGUCCCUGGUGAAUGUAUUUCCCACCACGGCACGUUAUUGGAAGCUCUACAUCGAAAUGGAGAUGCGUAGUCGUUACUAUGAGCGUGUGGAGAAGCUCUUUCAGCGUUGUCUGGUCAAGAUACUCAACAUAGAUCUGUGGAAGCUAUACUUGACCUAUGUGAAGGAGACCAAAGCUGGUCUCAGCACACACAAAGAGAAGAUGGCACAGGCUUAUGAUUUUGCGCUGGAAAAGAUUGGCAUGGAUUUGCAUUCGUUUAGCAUUUGGCAGGAUUACAUAUAUUUCUUGCGCGGCGUCGAGGCGGUGGGCAACUAUGCGGAGAAUCAAAAGAUCACCGCCGUGCGACGUGUCUACCAAAAGGCGGUGGUUACGCCCAUUGUGGGCAUUGAGCAACUGUGGAAGGAUUACAUUGCCUUUGAGCAGAACAUAAAUCCCAUCAUAUCGGAGAAAAUGAGUCUAGAGCGUUCCAAGGAUUAUAUGAACGCACGUCGUGUGGCCAAGGAGCUGGAGUAUCAUACCAAGGGUCUUAAUCGUAAUUUGCCCGCUGUGCCGCCCACAUUGACCAAAGAGGAGACCAAACAAGUGGAGCUAUGGAAACGUUUCAUAACCUACGAGAAAUCGAAUCCAUUGCGCACCGAGGACACAGCUCUAGUCACCAGACGUGUCAUGUUUGCCACAGAGCAGUGUCUGCUGGUUUUAACCCAUCAUCCGGCCGUGUGGCAUCAGGCAUCACAAUUCCUGGACACCAGCGCACGCGCUCUCACCGAGAAAGGCGAUGUGCAAGCUGCCAAAAUCUUUGCGGAUGAAUGUGCCAACAUCUUGGAGCGCUCCAUUAAUGGUGUGCUGAAUCGCAAUGCGCUUCUCUACUUUGCCUAUGCGGACUUUGAGGAGGGUCGUCUCAAGUACGAGAAGGUCCACUCCAUGUAUAACAAGCUGCUUACGCUGCCUGACAUUGAUCCCACACUGGUCUAUGUGCAGUAUAUGAAGUUCGCCCGUCGUGCGGAGGGCAUUAAAUCGGCUCGUGGCAUUUUUAAGAAGGCUCGUGAGGAUGUACGUUCCCGUUAUCACAUCUUUGUGGCGGCCGCUUUAAUGGAGUACUACUGUUCCAAGGACAAGGAAAUUGCAUUCCGCAUCUUUGAGCUCGGCUUAAAACGUUUCGGCGGCAGUCCCGAAUAUGUCAUGUGCUACAUUGAUUAUCUCUCACAUCUCAACGAGGAUAACAAUACCCGUGUGCUAUUCGAGCGUGUCUUGAGCUCGGGAGGAUUAUCUCCGCAUAAGAGCGUGGAGGUCUGGAAUCGUUUUCUUGAGUUCGAGUCCAAUAUUGGUGAUUUGUCCAGCAUUGUGAAAGUGGAGCGACGAAGGAGUGCAAUCUUUGAAAAUCUUAAAGAGUACGAAGGCAAGGAAACUGCACAGCUUGUGGAUCGCUACAAGUUUCUGGAUCUAUAUCCCUGCACGAGCACCGAACUCAAGUCCAUUGGCUAUGCAGAGAAUGUGGGCAUUAUAUUGAACAAGGUGAGCGGUGCCACAAGCGGGGCGAAUAGUCAUCACAAUGAUGCCGAGACUGAUGGUGAGGCAACGCAACCGUUGCCACGUCCGGACUUUACACAGAUGAUUCCGUUCAAGCCACGUUCCUGUGCACAUCCCGGUGCACAUCCGUUGGCUGGCGGUGUUUUCCCACAACCACCAGCAUUGGCAGCACUUUGUGCCGCUUUGCCACCGCCCAAUAGCUUCCGUGGUCCAUUCGUAAGCGUCGAGCUGCUCUUCGAUAUCUUUAUGCGUCUCAAUCUGCCCGAAUCUGCUCCCCAGCCGAAUGGUGACAAUGAUUUGACGCCAAAGAUCUUUGAUCUGGCCAAGUCCGUGCAUUGGAUUGUGGACACGAGCACGUAUACGGGCGUACAGCAUAGCGUUACGGCAAUGCCACCGCGUAGACGACGCCUCCUUCCUGGUGGCGAUGACAGCGAUGAUGAACUACAGACUACAGCGCCGCCCACCAACGAUAUUUAUCGACUGCGACAGCUUAAGCGAUUUGCCAAGUCCAAUUAAACUGGCGCCUUCCAAACGAUUUUAUAGUAAUUUCCCAUUGUUUUUUGUCUCCCCACAAAAGUUUCCCAACAAUUAAACAGUCUCUUUUAAAACCAAUUAUACAACAACAUCGUUUACAACUAGAAGCAAAAAAUAUACAUACAUUAAAGAUAAAGAA